AUGCCGUGGAAACCUGCUACUGGUGGCAAUGGCCAAAAGCCUCGAGCUGCAUCCAAGUCUAUCCGGGGCCAGAUCUCUGGACCAAUUCCUAUCCCUGAUCCUAUGGAUGAGGAGUUCCCCAUGCGAGACCAGACAGACAUGGUAGCUAGAAAUGCCGACGAAGCUUCAAGUGACUCCCAUUUGAUACCUCAAGAGCCCACCAGCAGUAGCCAGAGUUAUAAAACCUCUCACUUUAGAGCCGUUUCUGCUGGAAAUAUAGACCCCUUGAUUACACGCCAGCAGCAGCACACACUUUCAGCGCCUCGACGAGCAUCCACCUUGCGAAAGUCUUCUCUCAGCCAACAUGACCGAUUUACGCGGAUAUCAGAUCAAGAAGACAGCAGACACAGCAAAGCUAGCAAGUCCAGCAAAGCUCAGCGGAAAAAGUCCACUAUUCGGUCAGCAUUAGGCAAACUGUUCGGCCGGAAGAAGAAGUCAGAGACCAAUGAAAAGGCAGGCACGCCUGAUUGGAAGCCCUCUGACGCUUCUACACUUUUAUCUAAUAAGCAGCAUAGAAGCGAUCCGCCAUGGGAGCGAUCAAACCAAAUGAGCAUCGAACCAAAACGGUCCUUCUCAAUGCCCAUUACCGAAUUCGACCGCGCUCUCCAUUCUCAUUCCAUUGGCCCUGAGGAUGUCAUGGCCAUUACAAGUGUUCGAAACUCCAUCAAUGCAGAUAUCAGAAUGUCUGACAAGAAUUUUGCCGUCUUUGAGCCCUCAACGAACCUGGAAAGUCCUGGAUGGGCUGGCGGAUCAAAGCUUACAGGACUGUCCCCCCGACCUGCCAGUUCUCAAGACCGAGGAACUCGAAAGGCUGGCCUUGGUGAUGAUCCUAGUGAGAUUGGACGUGCAAUUUCAAGUGAGGCCCAUGGCCUGAAGCGCCGUUCGAGGAGUCUGUCAGUUAUGCCCAGUCUUGAACUUGCGUCGCAAGGAGUCGUUCGACGUCGCAGUGCCGAAAUUCGGUACUGGAGGGAAAGCUAUGCCGCUCCGUUUAUGUCGCCAACCUCCACAACGGCAGACGAGGAAAUCAGGCAGUUGCUCUCGGGUGAUGCUGAAGAGUUAACCUCUUCUACCGAGCAACGCGCCGUGACACCCGAGCAGAUUGUUCUGAUGGAAGCAGUCGAGACAAAGGAGGUACAGACGCCAACUCCUACUAAAAUAGGGGAGCCUGCAGGAGCUGCUGAGCGUCUCAGCCUGGACAGUAGAGUUAGUAGCCUCGAGACACGCAUGAGCCGACUGGAGAGCAUUGUUCUUCAACUUGGACAAAGCAUUCCGGCCCUGCGUCAGCCAUCCACUACGCAGAUGCGUUCGUCGGGGGGACCGCGACAAGCGCAGCUUCAGACUCCCGACCAUAUCAUACAUUCGAUGAGAAUACAACCUGGUGACUUUUCCCUUGCUGAUGAGCAUCGGCAGAGCACGAGCCGACCAUCUACUAGACAUUCUGAUGCGUCCAAAAUGACAUUUGGGGACAUUAGCGACUCAACUCCCCGCGCAACAAUUCUGUCGCCGGUUGAUGGAGAGGCUCGCCCAAACUUUGUGGCGGCACCACGCGGAUUAGAUGCCACAUCAAGGAGCCGUCAUGGAUCACUCACAUUUGAGCAUUACACAAACCUGAUGGCUCUUUUUGAAACGGAGCGUUCAGCACGUGAGGCUCUUGAAGCCCGGGUAAGAAGUUUGGGACGUCAAAUCCAGGUCAUGAGCAAAAGCAUGGUAUACACCAACGCAGAUCAAAGCGAGUCACCGUCACUUGACAGGUCCCUUGGUGAGGUGUCGGUUUUUGACUAUGAUGAGGAUGAUGAGCGACGACAUCUAGCAGCUCCUGGAUUUGGGUAUACCAAUUUAGGCAUUGAAGAUUCUGGAACAACGGCAGAAGAUGGAUCGGAUAAAGAGUAUACGGACUCGUUCGUCACACCUGUUGAGACUACUAAAAGCAGUUUGGACAUGUACGGCAACGAAAAUGACCCAAUGUUGUCAAAUGGCAGGAAAUUAUCUUUGUCACAUCUGACUGAGAGACAGCCGUUGACAAUAAUGCAGCGAGUUGCUACAAAAGCUGUAUGA